UACGGCAGAUAUCGCAGGUAUAUCUCUUACGCGUUGAUCGCUAUGGCGCAAGGAGUGGACACAUAAAAGAAGGUACUUCGAGCAUGUUCGCCAGUCUGAGUUGAAACAUCGGCGAGGAACUCACGAUGAGGUGCAUCAUUCUUCUAGCCAUUCUCGGAGCAGCAAUGGCGCAGAGAAAUGGUUUCUGCCGACUGCCAGCAGAUGAAGGCACCUGCAGGGCCCACAUUCCUCGCUUCUACUUCGACACUGAAACCGGCAAAUGCACCUCGUUCUUCUACGGCGGCUGCGAAGGAAACGAGAACAACUUCGAGACCAUCGAGAAGUGUGAAAAGGCAUGCGCAGCACCAAAGCGAGUGAGUGACUUCGAAGGCGCCGACUUCAAGAAUGGCUGCGAACCGGCGCCAGACAGUGGCUCUUGCACGGGUCAGUUGGAGCGUUGGUACUACAAUGUCGAUUCUCAGGAGUGUGAGACAUUCGUCUACGGAGGAUGCGGUGGCAACGACAACAAUUACGAAAGUGUGGAGGAGUGCGAAUUCGCCUGCAAGAACAUGUCAUAAUCAUUACCAGACGGAGAGCACAGCGACUUUGGCAAUGUGGCGCUUUUCACGCUCAAUGUACUUCCUGUAAAUAAACAUGAAUGAUUUGAGACGUGA